UGAAAUCAAACACUUCAAAAUUAAUUUCAAAACAAUACAAAGUUUUUUACUUCUACGAACGUGUAACAGAGAAACUUAUUUAAACUUAUGAAUGUAUGAGUUGUGUGUUUGUUAUUUUUUAUCUUGUUUUCGUGUUAAAAUGGAAGAAGUACAUAUAAAUAAUUUUGCGUUAUCAUUUCAAAAUAAUCGCUUAAGUUAUUGUGGACAAGAUUGUCAGAGAAUUCCUUCGGCGUUAUGGAAAAUGUACGGCACUAAAGUUCAUUAUCUGGAUUUAAGCUAUAACAAUAUAGAAACACUUAAAGGAUUAGAUAACUUCACAAGACUACAGGAAUUGAUACUGGACAAUAAUAAACUAGAGGACAAUAUAAGGUUUCCUUUCAUGCCUAACUUGAGGACACUUUCUUUAAAUAACAAUAAGCUGACGGAUUUAGAAGGGCUGAUACAAAAGAUCAAUGAAAACAUGCCGAAACUCUCUUAUUUGAGUAUACUGAGAAACAAAGCCUGCCCCAACCAGCUCUCAGACUCCGAUAAAGAUGACUCCGACUACCAAAGAUACAGAGCGUUCGGAGGCAGCCGUCCGUGGCGAGUUCAUGCGCGUACGCCGCCCACCCGAACCGCCCGGGACACAGACUCGACAAGACACGACCACAGUAGUACGACCAUUACCUGUCGACUUCUCAUCGCUUGGCAAACAUAAAGGCGCCUACGGAAAAUGUCGAUACAAAUACACGGGCAAACAUUCUGAAGGAAACAGAUUCAUUCUAAAUAGCGAUUUGUGACGGCGAUUAUCUGCUUAAUGUUGCAAUAUAUUUUAUACAGGCGCUUUAAUAUUGUUUUUUAAUAUAUCAAUAUUGUUUUGUAAUUUUUUAUUUAUAUGUUUUCAUACAUCUUAUGAAUGGAAAUUACACAAGAACUGUUAUAAUUUUUAACAUUUCUCAUCACAUGUUAAAAGCUAUGUUUAAUGAAAUAUGAAAGUAAAUUUUUUCAAGGUUAUUUGAAGAUCCAUCGUGAAUGUGACUUGAAUGGGACUAAUUUUCAAUGCUUAAUUAUGUACUA